AUGGUGUUUUUUUCAGAAUGGAAACUUUUAUAUGUUCACCGUUUAGAAGGACCAAUAACACAUAUAUCGAGCUUUUACCAUGACAAUGGUACACAAUUAACAAAUUUUAAUUAUAAAGAAAAUAAUGCAUUAGCAAUCUUGUACCAAACUCAGUCAAAUGAACAAAUUAAAUUUUUUCUAAGAUUAUAUAAUAUUGGAAAUUAUGAUGAUGAUGAUUAUGAUACUGUUAUAGAUUCAAUUUAUACAUGUAAUAAUACACCAUCCUUUAAAUAUCAAGAUCUUCUUCUUCCUGUGACAGCACGUAAUGUUACAACAAUAUGUAUAGCUUUGAAUAAUAUUUUGUUCACAUUUGAUUAUAGUAACGCACCAACAACAGACGAAAAUCAAGAAACGCAUCUAACGGAAGCAUACACUGUUAGGAGUGAAUAUCUUCCUGUGUUAGAUGAAUGGUCAUUACAGGUUAUUGGAACUGAAAUCAACACAAAUGGAGAUUUAUUAAUACUUGUAACUCAGGAAAACUAUAUAUUAGUAUACAAGAGAGAAUUGGCAGAUUUAAGGUUACCUGCGUCAGCAAAACCUAGAAGAGGAUUUUUUGACAAAUUUGUUUAUAACGAUCAAAUAUAUUCAUCGCAUCAUCCCACUAAAGUUAAUGACGAUCCUUGGGAAUUAAGAAUGGUUAUCACAGCUUCACAUUUAGAAUUUUUAUGUUUAAAUGAAUUGGUUAGUAGUAUUGCAAAAGAAUAA